AUGACGCGCACUCCUAUGCUUUUCGCCAUUAUCUGGAGUGCCUUGCCUGUUGCAGUACUUUCUGCUUGUCGUCAUCCAAAUGGCAACCUGCAAACGGACGCAUAUCAUGCCCCUUGCGCCGAGGUUCUAGGCAACCCACUCAAUACCAUGUGCUGCGCAAUUGAACGGCCCAACCCGUCCGAAGGGAUUUAUGCAAAUGGCUUUGCUGCAGAUGUAUGCCUGCCAAACGGACUUUGCAAGCAGGCCUGGCGCCGUGAUGAAAACAGUACAACAAAUAUACAGUACUACCGAGAGGAGUGCACAGUUGAGGGGUGGAAGAACGGAAGUUGUUUGAGCGUCUGCUUAUCAACUAGUGUUAGUAGCAACGUUUUGAUGACACCCUGCGACGAUACUGCGAACUCUACAAAAUGGUGUUGUGGCGAGACGAAGGACUGCUGUGCUGGUGAUAUUGGCAUUGAGACGCUUGCGCAAACAUUCCUUGGGACGAUUGCAACCUCCACAUCGACUAUCAGCUCGUCAGCGCUUAGCUCGUCAACCUCCAGCUCUUCGGCAUCAACCUCACCUCUCUCUGAAACAACAGCACCUAACCAUUCCGAUGGCUCAGUGUCGCUUUCAGCCGGUGCAAUUGCAGGUAUUGUCAUCGGCGCCGUAGCUGGUAUCGCGCUCAUUGGUGCCGCAUGGUUCCUUAUUGCACGGCGACGUCGAGUUGCGGAUUCAUCACUCGAUAAACAUCAAACCUCUGGUCCGUCCGAGAUGCAGACACACUACUACGCACAUGAAGCAGGUUCACCUGAGCCGAAGGUUUCCGAAUUGUCGGGCACGAAUCCCACUAGUCACGAUAAGACAUCCAGAACCUACGAGUUGCAGUGA